UUUCUCUAUAGUCUCCACCACUCUCACAUUGCAAACAAGUAAUGACGGAAAAGCGCAAAAGGAAAGUAGUUUACUUCUGUCAUGAGUGAAUGUUUCUUUGCUUCUUUGGCACCCAUUAGGGCCAUUUUCUCUCUCUCUACUUUUUAGUUUUUUCAAUCCAUUCCAUAACAUAACUGAUCUGCCAAGCAAAGAGGCUCAAAAACAGUAUAAGCAUGGCCGUAGGUCUGUUACAUUUGCUAUGAAUGUUCCUUGCAAACCAAAACUCCUCUGUCUUACCAUACGACUCUGUUUAUUUAUUUUUUUUCUUUCUUCUAUAUCUAUAUCAGCUUAGUAUCAGUGACACCAAAGAAACCAAACCCAGAAUCCGAAAUCUUUUCUUGAGCGCAAAUGUCUAAGAACUCAUCUUAUCGGGAGAAUGAAACAAUGCAAUUAUUUGAAAUCUUCAAGAAAUUCAAACGCUUUCAAUUGAGAUUCUUUGAGCCAUCUUUAGGUGUUCUUGGAUUCUUUUUUGUUACAGUUUGUGUUAUUUUUUCCUUCUUUUACUUAGAUUACAGGGCUGUCAUUGUUAAAGAGUUUAUUGUUCCAGGCAAGUCAGAGAGGUUUAUGUGGUUGCAGUUAAAUGGGUCAGGAAAAAAUAAACGAGUAGAGUUUUUGGAGGAAGAGGGUAAUGGAUGUGAUCUGUUUGAUGGAGAUUGGGUGUGGGAUGAGAAGUAUCCAUUGUACCAGUCUAAAGAUUGUAGCUUUCUUGAUCAAGGGUUUAGGUGUACUGAGAAUGGCAGGCCUGAUUUGUUCUACACCAAAUGGAGAUGGCAACCCAAGCACUGCAACUUGCCCAGAUUUGAUGCAAAAAUGAUGUUGGAGAAACUACGAAACAAACGGUUAGUGUUUGCUGGAGAUUCUAUUGGAAGAAAUCAGUGGGAGUCCCUCCUAUGCAUGUUGUCUUCUGCAAUUCCAAAUGAGGAUUCCAUCUAUGAAGUGAACGGCAGUCCAAUUACAAAGCACAAAGGAUUCUUGAUAUUCAAGUUUAAGGAUUAUAAUUGCACAGUGGAGUAUUACAGGUCUCCAUUUCUUGUAUUGCAGAGCCGGCCGCCGGCUGGGUCUCCACAGAAGGUUAGGUUGACACUUAAAUUGGAUCGAAUGGAUUGGAACUCUGUCAAAUGGAGAUCUGCUGAUGUGUUGGUCCUCAACAUGGGCCACUGGUGGAAUUAUGAGAAAACUAUAAGAGGGGGUUCUUACUUUCAAGAAGGGGAAGAAGUGAAACUGGAAAUGGGGGUCGAAGAUGCUUAUAGGAAGUCAAUAGAGACUGUGGUGAACUGGAUACAGCUCGAAGUGAACGCAAGCAAGACCCAAGUCUUUUUUCGUACAUUUGCUCCUGUGCACUUCAGAGGUGGAGAUUGGAGGACAGGUGGAAACUGUCACUUGGAGACAUUACCAGAGUUAGGCUCAUCAUUGGUGCCAUCCGAAACAUGGACCCAAUUCAAAAUAGUAACUGAUGUCUUCUCAGCUUAUUCAAACCAAGCAGCAGAAUUUAGCAUAUUGAACGUGACCGGUAUGACUGCAAGAAGAAAAGAUGGGCAUUCUUCUGUAUACUAUCUGGGUUCCAAUCCUGCACCACUGCAUAGGCAGGACUGCAGCCACUGGUGCCUGCCUGGAGUCCCCGACUCAUGGAAUGAGUUACUCUAUGCACUAUUCCUCAAGCAUGGAGCCAAGCAGACUUUUAACCUUUCAUCAUCUAGGGCACAAGUAUGAUUAGGAAAGCCUCUUUUUUACGAGUCAAUGUGAAGACAGGACUUAAAUGCAUAGAAAUGACUCUUGACUUCCAGACAAAGAACAAAGCAUGAAUACAGAAUUUUGAUGUAGUUUUGCAUUUUGGAAGUUAAGAGGAAGAUUAUAAAUAUGAGGCAAGUGGAUGUGCAAAGGGUUUUUGGGAAUAACUUUAGGAAAAAAUGUAGAUAAUAUUUAUUCAUUGGAUUUAUUUUUUAAUGUAAUUAUAAUCAAGUGGUGUAAUUCAUUGGGGCAAUGUAAUUAGCAAUUUUUUA